AUGACUGAUAACGCCACUAAACACAAGGAAAAGUAUCCUCCAAAAUCUGUGGAGAGCUUCGCCGUGGGAGCCCUGGGCAGGGCCCUGGCCGCCGAGCUGGCGAGCUCCGCGCCCGCCCGCAGCCGGCGCAAGGCGGCCCCGCACAGGGCCUCCCUCGUCUUCAUCGACCGCGCGCUCGACCUCGCCGGAGCAGUUGGUCAUCACGGUGACAACCUUGCAGAGAAGAUACUUUCUGUGCUUCCCAAGCUCCCUGACCACAAGACUGAUGUGAUGGUCAACAUGGUGGAACUCACUGCACUGCAGACUCCAGAUGAAAUGUGCAGUGUUAUAGCACCUGGCUGCUUAGCACAACCAAAUGAUCCAGCUGCCACAGCACUCUGGGAGUCCUUUAUGAACCUCAAGCAAAAGGAGGCUGUGAUGGAGGCUAGGAGACACCUUGUGGAGGCUGCAAGCAGGGAAAAUUUACCUAUUAAGAUGAGCAUGGGUAGAGUCACCCCAGAACAGCUCAGCUCGUACAUCCAGCUUUUCAAAAAUAAUUUCAAAGCUCUGGAGAACCACUGUGGUCUUUUACAGCUUGUGCUGGCCGCGGUCCAGACUUUGAAACACCCACAGAAUUCCAAAUGGGACAACUUCCUAGCAUUUGAGAGACUACUUCUGCAGACUAUUGGAGAGUCAGAAAUGCCCAGUGUCUUGAAACAGCUAUUGCCAAUGAUCAAGUGUCACAGUGAGCGGACACAAGAUGACUACACCUGCGAGGACUUCCUUGUUUUGCUGGUAUACAUGUAUUCUGUGGUUGGAGAAAUGAAAGGUGGAAAAGAGCUGGAUGACGCUGAAGAGGAAGUGAAAAAAGCUCUAGUCAAGGCAAUCUGUGAUGAGCCAGAACCUUCUCCCUUGUUGCAGAAAAUAACAGGUCACUCCCUGCUCUUCCUGGCUGAGAGUGGCCGAGUGGAGCUCGCCCGGCUCGGAGAUGGUGCGGCCUACGCGUGCGGCCUACGCCUGCGGCCUACGCCUGCGGCCUGCCCCGCUUCGCUUUUGGUGGAACCCGUGUCGUCCGCACGCAAAUUCCUUUAUUUCUUACACGUAAUGAAGUCAGAUGCCAACAGAGUUAUUCAUUUAAAAGAAGAAAAAGAUAAGCCAGACAGGGAAGCACACGCUCAGUUGGCUGAAAAUCAUCCUGGGAGCCUGACAUUUAGCAUGUACUACUAUAUGCACAUGGAGUGUAUAUGCGUCUAG